AUGAAGUCCUUCGCCGUUAUCCUCAUGGCCAUCCCAGCCAUGUUCGCUGUCACUGCUGUUGCCGAGCACUGCCCAUCCCCAUCCGUCAUCAACUCCUGCUGGGGUGAGUGCAAGAGGAACGGCUAUGCUACCGAUGCUUGCUACAACUGCUGCUAUUAUACUUGCCGCCCAUGCAACAAGAGGUAG